AACAAAACGUCAAGUAAAAUAUAAAAAUGGCGAUCGGUGUUGAUACUUCAAAAUGGAAACCUAGAAAAAUAACAGGAACACCUGCUGCAAAGUUUAGAAAUCGUCUUGCUGCCGGCAUUUUAGGCUUCGGUAUACUAUGGGGUGCAUUUUUCCAAUAUUCUAGUUUUACUGAGCCUAUGAAAAAAGCCGCAGACGUACUUUAUGAGGAUCCCAUUGAAGAGCAGGAAAGGAAAAUAUUGAUAGCUACUGGCCUGCCAUUAAGAUCAGGACGAACUAUACGGCGGCUGAUGGAAGAGGAGCAAAGAGUGGACUUGCCCCAUAAAUAA